AUGGCAACUUCUCUCUCCCAAGUCUUUAGGGACACUCAUCUCCAACCCAAACACAUUAUCCCUCUUGAUUUCGACACCAUCCACGAACUCCCCGACUCUCACGCAUGGACUCAGACGGACGAAUUUUCAUGUGCAUAUCAGAUACGUGUGAAUGAAUUAUCAACAACAAUCCCCGUUAUUGACCUACGAGCUCCAAACGUCGUGGAGCUCAUGGGAAAUGCUUGCCGGAGGUGGGGAAUGUUUCAAGUCACGAACCAUGACGUCCCGUCAAGUCUUGUCGAUGACGUUGUGGAGCACACACGGCGGCUCUUUGCCCUUCCGGCUGAAUGGAAGCUUAAGGCGCUGCGUUCGCCUAGCGGGGCCACCGGGUACGGGGUGGCUCGGAUAUCGCCGUUUUUCUCCAAGUUAAUGUGGCAUGAGGGGUUCACCAUUAUGGGGUCUGCCGGCGAGCAUGCUAAGCAGCUUUGGCCCCAUCACUAUGAGGACUUCUGGUAA